AUUAGUUUGUCUUUUCAUUGAUUUUAACCGUUAGCUGCUGUUAGCUAGCUAGCAUGCUUUAGCAAGCGAGUUCCAUGAAUGAACUGGUCCUGCUUGAAUACUGUUGUUAUUUUCCUGUUUGCUAACUUUGCUCUUCAUCAUUCGCGUAUCUUAACAUACCAGUCGAUGAUUUAGAGAGGCCGCCUGUGUGUAUCCCGACAUGUUGUGAUUCGCGUGGAGCUGCUGCAGUGGGAGUGUGAUCUGACUUGUGAUCACUGGCUCUGCCAUCACGCUCAUUCGCAGAACACUGUUCAUUUUAUGGUUCAGUCGGAUCAGGACGUCUGCACGCAGUUUCCAAGAGAAAAGCCAGAGGUCUGUUGCUGUGGAGAGACAAAUGGAAAUGAAGACUGAGGGUGAAAGAAGUGAGACAAAUCUUGUGAAGAAGAAGAAAAAGAAACAGAAGAAAGAACCAGCCUCUGGCCCUGAAAACUACACGGUCGAUGAUGAGAGUCCAACAGAGGUGAAAAAAGAAAAGAAGAAAAACAAAAAAGUUGAGACAGUGGUUAUAGAAGAUGCCAGAGGUCCAGAACCCAUGGAGACGGCAAAGGAAGGAGUCAAGAAGAAGAAGAAAAAAAAGAAGCAGCAGCAGGUAGAUGAUAUGAACCAUGUGGAAAUUGCAAAGAGUUCAGAUAAAGAAGAAGUGGAAAAGAAAGAAAGAAAAGAGAAGAAAGUCAAGAAAAAUACUGUGCAAAGUAAAGCUGAAAAUGUAAAGAUACAGAAAGAAGAAGAAGAACAGCAGGCUGGAAAGGAUGAAGAGCCAAAGACAGCUAAGAAAAGAAAAAACAAUAUUUUGUCUGUAAACACAGAAGUGACUGAGCAGCAAAUUAAAGAGAAGAAAAAGAAGAAAAAGAAAACCUCAGAGGAAGAAACGACUGUAGCUAUUGAUGAAUUGACUACAACAAAAAAGACAGAAGUGGGGGAGAAUGGACUGAAUUUAGAAACCAUAGCGGGAGGAACUGAGGGUGAGGAGGUAACAGUGAAGAAGAAGAAGAACAAGAACAAGGCCAAAAGUAAAGAUGAAAAUGGAGUCGAAACACCUGAGAUCAAAAGGAGCAAAGCAAAAAAGACAGAAACAGACAGUAUGCUGGAUGAGAGUGGGGUUUUUAUAGAGGAAGAGAAGACAGAGCCAAAGAAAAAAGGAAAAGGUAGAAAAGCUUCUGUGGAGGUCACCGAAGUAGAAGAUACAGAGCCACAGAAAAAGAAGAGAAAAAGGGGAAGCUCAAAGGGAGAGGAAGAGCCGUCAUUAAUCAGAUGUGAAGAAGAUGAGGAGGGAGACGACACAACAAGCAAGAAAAUCAAAAAGAAGAAGAGCUCUGCUGAGGUGACACAGGCCGAGAAAGAUGUUGGAGUUGAAACUGGUGCGAAGAAGAAGAAGAAGAAAAAGAUCAAAGAAGAGGAGUCCUCUCAGGUGGACGUGGUGUUUCUGUCAGAGAAGAGUGGAAACACUGAUGAAAUCAACGUCACUCAGGAGAGAAGACAGGUGCUACAGAUAGAGAUUGACAAGGCCUCUCAACCUGAAAAACCAGCUAAACCAUCGGGUUUGGGUCAGUGGAGCACAGCACGGUUCAAUAGCUCUGACCAGCAGCAGAAGUUCCUCCGUCUGAUGGGCGGCUUCAAAAAGGGCUUCCAGCCUGCUGCGGCGAGCGCUGACGGAGCAAAUAUGGCGAUGGGGAAAGACGCACAGCAGCAACUGCAACAAGGGCUUCUGGGAGAGUUUGAGCGUGCUCACUCACGCAGAAUGGACUUCAAUAACAGAGGGGCCGGGCUUGGGUUUACUGCACCGUCCAAUAAGAAGUUCUCUAUUGACAUCAGUGCAAGUCGAUCAACUCGCUUUGAUGAUUAAUUUAAGUGUGAUCGAAAGUGUUUUUGGUUUUUUUUGUGCAUGUUUUUGCACUUUUAUUUGUGGAUUCGUACAGUUUGUCUGCUCAGGUCGACUGGAGAACCUUUUAACUUGUGUAGAUGUGAUUAUCAGACAAAUGCCAUUUGUACAUACUGUAUGUUAAACAUCCUCCUGCUUGAGGAGCUACAAUCUACAUGACAUAAGAACCAGUUUUAGUUUAAUGCAAUUUCAAAUCAGUCUGGGAUGGUGACAAAUGUCAUUCUUGAAAUUAUAUAUUUUAUAUUUUCUAACUUGACAAUUUAUUCUAAUAAUGGAAGGAGUAACUACAAUCUGCAGAUGACUCGUUGAUUUACAUUAAUAGCAUUUACUUCCACAGGAGGUGGCAAUAUUCAAUCAUGUGUAGGGAGAAAAUGCUUGUUUUUGUCAGUUGAGGUGAUUGUCUGGUUGGUUGAGUAGAUGUGAGCAGCUGUUUACAAACGACAGAGGAAACUAGAAAAAAAAUCAUUUCAAAAUGAGUGCACAAUAACAUCACUUCUGUAUUAAAAAGAAACUUUCAUUGUUUCCGAUGGUCAUUUUAUUCCAAUUUUGCACAAGACAUCUGUAAAGCGAAGAGAGAAUAAAGAAAAAUACACUUUACAUCAGAGAUAAAAUGGAAACAUUUCUCUUUGCAGAAUGGUUCAGUUUCAAUUAUGUGCUGAAAAAGAAAAAUAUUUGACUCAUAUGUUGUACUUCAGUAUUCCGUGUAUGGUAGCUGUGUCAGUUUGAACAUUAGGCUCUACAUCAUUCACUUUCCCUUUAAAACUGCUGUGUGGACAUUACUCCACAUGUUGUAACUGGAAAAGCUGAGGUUUAUGAAAAAAAAAAUUAGCCUCAGGAGACAAAGACAUCUUCAUAGAAAAGAUAUUUAAGAAAAUCAAGUCAGCCACACAUGCAGAAAGAGCUUCAGAGUGCAGUGCAGAUCCUCCUGGUUUCAGACCAAAUGCAGCCACUGCCCUUUGUUGGACACCUCUGGUUAGAGUAUGUACUUUAACCUCUGCCUUCAGGUGUAAUCUGAUUCUUGCCCCAACCAAGUCUUACAGUUACCAAGCAACACAGUUCAUCUUUUAAAUGACCUGAUCUAAAUACUUAAUCUCAACAGUGGCCAGUUAGAAAAGUUUGGCAGUUUGUUUUGAUGCUGCUUCAGUGUUUACAAGCUGGUACAAUUAACUGAUGACACAACGUGCACUGGGAAAGCUGUUAUAAAAAAAAA